AUGACAGUAGUGGCCAGCUACGGUAUGGUUCUAUGUGGCAACUCAGAUGACCACCAGUAUCGCUAUAGGGGGAAAAUAGAGAAAGUUAAGUUCGGUGUUCCAAUCAAUGAAGCCUUCGCCCAUGAUAUCCCUGCCACUCUAUUAAUAUUAUUAUUGAAAGUGAAUAAAGAAGGGCCGUUAAAAAAGGAUAUCUGGAGAGCCCCUGGUAAUCAAGCGCAGGUUCGAAAGUUAUCACACAUUAUGCAACAUGGUCGCCUGGUGAACAUUGCCAAUUUUAGCGUAUACACAGCAGCUUCUGUAAUAAAAAAGUUUCUGUCAAAACUUCCUGGCGGGAUUUUUGGCGUAGAAAAUGAGCAAACAUUAUUCAAUAGUUCCUUAAGCAGUAGUGAUCCUGAUAAGCAGAGACAAGUUUUCUACAGGAUAUUCUGCUCACUUCCCGUGCCUUCACAACAUUUACUUGUCCUUUUAUUUGGGACUUUUCGGAUGGUUGCUGAUUCAGCUGAUUCGUUUGGCACUAAAAUGACUCCAGACGCAAUCGCCAUCUCCGUGGCUCCUUCACUUUUUCACUCGUGUAUUCAUGAUGGUAGACAAGCAAAAGUUGAAGAUGUUCAACGUUUCAAACUAGCUUCUCAAGUUGUUAAAUCUAUAAUUGUGUCGUUCGGACAUACAAAUCUCUUCCCUCGUGAAUGUUACGAGUUUUAUGCAAGGAUUACGGGACGCACCUUAAGGGUCGACGAGAAUUGGCUGUUCACUUUUCAAUAUCCAUCAAAUCUUUCUUCACCGGCUUUCUCCAUGAUGGCUGCGAAAUGUGCUGGUGCUUAUUCCUUGGCUGCAUUACAUUUGGAACACGAAGCUGACCCCCAGCAAGCCGAGAGCCCCAGGAAAUCAUCGUCUGUUCAACGUACGGGAUCACUUCAUCGACAUCCCUUGGCACACACAGCAGAUCAUCCCAAACGUCCUGCUCAUAAUGUUGUUGAUGUUGUAGAUCUGAAACAAUCAAUAAGAAGUUCAUCUAGACCAAAUGUAGUGAUUAAUGACUCUUCAAAUCCUGAAACGCCUACAUCCUGCAAUCCAAUAGUUCGAAAAUCAACCACAUCUUCUAAUAAUAAUCGUCUUAGUAAUCGUUUGAGUAGUAGUGUUGGAGAGGUUUUACAUGAAACUAGUGAUGUUGAAGAUCAUAUGGAGAUGGAAGCACUUAGGCCUUUCACAGCUUGCGCUGGAGAUACUGGUCGGUCUUUAUCUUGUCUAGAUUGGGUUCAUGAGAAUCAAGCACGCAGAAUGAAAAGUAGAAGUGAUUGGUUUCUUACACCCUUUCUUCCGGAUAAGUCUAACUCGAGGUCUGCUGACUAUUUCAUCGAUGCCGUUUCAAAGAAGGAUGGUAGAGUGAGCGAAAAUAGGGCUCUCAUUCGACAUGAGGUGUUAUUGGAAGAGAAACUUCCACCUAGCCCAGUUGAAAGACAACCUCUCAGCAACCGCAAAAACUCCCAGAACGAAUUGAACCAUAGAAAAUCAUCGAAUACCCCAACGGCACCCAUCAAUAUAUCAGGAUGGGGACCACCACCUAGUGCUACUCAAUCAGCUUCAGCUAUUACUAGGCGAAGGUCUUGGCUUGUGCGGGGCAUGAAAGACCUGAACGAAUCUUCAGCUAAAACACAUUCCUUGGAUUAUCCGAACCCUCCAUCUCCUAAUGCUCUUGCAUCACACGCACAUAGUGUAGGUGGAGAAAUUUGGAUUACCGAUAUAUCAGGAGGGGAUGAAAUUCCUAAAAAACGUAGAAGUCUUAAAAAGAAGGUGUCAACUCAUUUCUAG